AUCUCUCCCUCACUCACUCCUCAGUUCCCUCCCCAUAACUCUCUCUCUCUCUCUUGCCCACAAUGCCGCAAUACUCCUCUGCUUAUCUUCAACUCUGAUGCAGUAGCAAGAAAGCUAGAAGUAUUGUUCUUGGCUGAAACCGUAAGCAGAGAGAGCAGAGAGUGGAGUGCAGAAACAGGGAUCUUUAGCCUAAACCCUGCACAAUUUCAAGCGCGCAUUCCUCUCUGAGGAGGGCAGAAAGGGAGACGGAGAAGCAGCAGAUCUGUUGAGCAGAACGAAAUGGCGGAAGUUUCAGGGAAGAGUUUCUUGCCGGAGUCGCUGCCGGGGUACACGGCGGACAUCGCGGGGCAGCUUGGUCUUCUGUGGGAGCUGAUCAGAGUGCCGCUGAUUGCGCCGCUGCUGAGGGUGUGCGUGUACAUUUGUCUGGCGAUGUCGAUAAUGGUGUUCAUGGAGCGGCUGUACAUGGGAGUUGUGAUUGUUCUGGUGAAGCUGUUCUGGAAGAAGCCGGAGAAGAGGUACAAAUGGGAGCCCAUGAAGGACGACUUGGAGAUGGGGAGCGCCGCGUUUCCGAUGGUCCUUGUUCAGAUCCCCAUGUUCAAUGAGAAAGAGGUUUACAAGAUCUCCAUUGGUGCAGCGUGUAAUCUGUCAUGGCCUGCUGAUAGGCUUGUGAUUCAAGUACUGGAUGAUUCCACUGACCUCGUCAUUAAGGACAUGGUCGAGAAGGAGUGCAUAAGGUGGGCAAGCAAAGGCAUUAACAUUAGAUACCAAAUCAGAGAGACAAGAGGCGGAUACAAAGCCGGAGCGCUUAAAGAAGGCUUGAAACACGAUUACGUUAAAGAGUGCGAAUAUGUUGUCAUAUUCGAUGCGGAUUUUCGACCCGAACCCGAUUUCCUCCGACGGGCUGUCCCGUUUCUCAUUCACAACCGGGAUAUUGCUCUCGUUCAAGCUCGUUGGAGGUUUGUGAAUGCAGAUGAGUGCUUGCUGACAAGAAUGCAGGAAAUGUCAUUAGACUAUCAUUUUACAGUUGAGCAAGAAGUGGGAUCAGCCACUCAUGCCUUCUUUGGCUUCAACGGAACUGGCGGGAUAUGGAGAAUUGCUGCAAUAAACGAGGCUGGAGGGUGGAAAGACAGAACUACAGUUGAAGACAUGGAUCUUGCUGUUCGUGCCGGUCUAAAGGGCUGGAAAUUUGUCUACCUAGGAGACCUCCAGGUGAAAAGUGAACUACCUAGUACUUUCAAAGCCUUCCGGUUCCAGCAGCACAGGUGGUCUUGCGGUCCGGCCAAUCUGUUCAGGAAGAUGGUGAUGGAUAUUGCGACGAACAAGAAAGUUUCACUCUACAAGAAGUUUUAUGUGAUCUACAGCUUCUUCUUUGUCCGGAAGCUCAUAGCCCACAUGUUCACUUUCUUCUUCUACUGCGUGGUGCUUCCGUUGUCGAUUCUUGUCCCAGAAGUAGAUGUCCCGAAAUGGGGAGCUAUUUACAUUCCUUGCAUUAUAACCACACUCAACUCAGUCGGGACUCCUAGAUCCUUCCAUCUGCUGUUUUAUUGGGUACUUUUCGAGAAUGUCAUGUCGUUCCACCGGACCAAGGCCACGUUCAUUGGUCUGCUGGAGGCCAAGAGAGUUAACGAGUGGGUUGUCACUGAAAAGCUUGGAGAUACCCUCAAGAACAAGUCCCAUAGUAAAUCUGCUGCACCGAGGAGAUCCCUGUCCAAGUUUCUUGGAGACAGAAUACAACUACAAGAGCUGGGAUUCGCUUUAUUCCUCUUCAUCUGCGGAUGCUACGACUUCCUCUACGGAAAGAACAACUACUUCAUAUACCUAUUUCUUCAAGUCAUCACAUUCACAAUCGCGGGAUUUGGCUACAUUGGCACGAUAGUCCCGAGCUCUUAACAGAAGCAGCAACGUGACUCAUCAUCCAUCUACAUUUAUAUAUAUAUAUGCAUUGGCAGAGACCAUUCCACAAGCUUUCCUCAUUUGUAGUAUACACAAAAUUAGUAUGUACACAAGAUUGUCUGUUUGGUUGAUCCCACUUCAGUAUCUCUUACAAGAAAAGGAAACACAAAAAAAGAUUCAUGUGGUAGAACAGAAAUCCUAAAGUCUUCAAUUUGUCUGAAAAUCCCCUGCUGUCUGCCAGCAGAAAGUGCAUGCUGCGAAGAUCAGCAUGUUAUACAGUCAAGAACAAAGGUUGAAGAAGCUGAAACAUCAUCAAAAUUUAGAGAUGUAAUUUUUUUUUUCUUUUCUAAAUUAUAUAUAGUGGGUUUUUCUAGUUGUGUGACAUUAUUGUAUUUUAUUUUUUUAAGGUUGUUUUUCUUUUUUUAAAUUUUGUUAAGAUUGAGGAGGAAAUAAAGUGAUGGCCACACAGAACAGCUUGUACUUUGUCUUUUAUUUGUGCAAGUUUUCAACUUUGGAGUCUCAUCUUCCUUUGAUCAUAAGUUGUAAGGGAGAUUGAUUUAUCCAAA